AUGACCGAUAGCAACCUCGACGCGCUUUUCCCCCUUCCCUCGCCUCCGCCGUCGACCAAGUGUCCCGAACGCCUUCCAGGCAUCACAUACGAAACGAAGCUCGCUGUGACUAAAACCCUUAAGGAGAACCAUGAGCAGCGUCAUGCCUUUAUCAACGAUGAAGGGUUCCACAACCACAUCUCACACCAGCUUCUCGCGGUUUAUGCACUUGGUGGCGCAGCACCGCUCUACAAUGCAAUCUUCAAGACGCAGGAGCCCAUGACGCGCCCCUACGCCGCUUCGCCGGGAAAAAUCACAAAGGAGAACUUCAAUGAGCAUCUUGGUGAUCGCAGCUAUUACGACGCGUACCUGCACCACUUCUACGGUGUGCUCCAGGAGAAGGGCGCGGGCGCAACGAUUGAGGAAUAUGUCUUCUCGCACGCGGCGAACUUCACGGACGAUGGCGAUGCGCUGACGCCUGGCAUGUUGAGCCGGUUCUAUGCCCGCAUCUAUCACCCCAUGAUCUACGUCGGCUAUGGCCUUGAGUUUGGCUUGCUUGGUCUUGUCGCAGAAGGUCUUGCGCAGACGGCGUGCCACCCCCUCGAGGUUACGGUGUACUUCCCCUCAUCCGAGUUCGCAACACUGUCGAAGGCAGUGCCGAGUACAGUCUCGCAGGUUUCCGCGAAGCUCUCGAACCUCCUCCUGAACUCCUCAGCCCCCGCGGUCCCUCCGAAGGCCAGCGCGGGCGUACACGCCUUCGAGAUCAUCGCGCGUAUCCUCAAGGACGACCGCUUCAGCGUGACCACGCUCGGCCUGAAACCGCACAUGGACCCCACGGGCGCCCUGGAGUACUACGAGAAGGUCGCGGACCUGCUUGCGGCUCCCCUCCUGGCGUGGACGGAGGAGUGGCUCCCUGUUGGUGCGAACCUCGACCAGAAGAUCGAAGAGCUGAGUUGGCUGAGCGUCCUGCUAUACGGUGUCACUGGCUGGAGCGCGAGCAGUGACUUCAACGCGGACUUCUUCUCAAUGCACGUCUUGACCUCGAGCCUGUUCAUGCCCUCGCUGGUCGAGUACCUCUCGCCAGGCUCGAGCAUCCUCCUUCUACGCAAGCACUUCAUCACCGCCUUGUCCUGGUGGAUCGCGCGCGGCAGGCAGGCCAUCAACAUCCGCGAGUUCUACGCCGGCACGGACGACGCCGAACCGUGGCUCGCGCUUGUCGAGGGCGCGCUCGUGCACCCGGACGACCACGUCGCUAAAGUGCAGCGCGCGCUGCUGCACUACUCGAAGGUGUAUGGCGACGCGGGCCUGAUUCGUUCGAGGCAAGUUGCUCGAGGUGCGGAGGUGCUGGAUGGAACCCUGUUUGUGAGGGUGGCGCAGUUGACGGCGACGCGCAUGGCGGUAGAGGGUACGUUCUGGGACUUCAAGGGCUUCUUCCUGUGA